AUUCAUUUCCGCGAGAGGAGUUCGCCCUGAGAGGAGUCGGACAGGGCAAACAUCCUCUGGCACGUCCGACUCGAGAUACGAUACCAGCGAUUGAAACUGCACGACACUUUCCGUCGCUCUGCCCUCCGCCCCCUCUCCCUGUCUUGCGCCUACCUCGAGGUUCGUGGAGGCAAGCCAAGAUGAGGGAAGCCAACUUUAGCAUACCCCAUGGCAACAAGGCAUCCGUGGGCAUCACCACGGCCUUGUAUGACCGACGGGCCCUCGACUGCACAUCUACCCUACCAUUGAUCAAUUCUCUGAACCAUCUGGCCUAUCUCACCACAUCCUCGGCUAGAAUCCGCGACAUCCUCACCGUUGAUGGCGGCAUCGAAAGGCUGGUCUGCAUUCUGAAAGAGGGGCGGAGCAAGGACAUGAUGGACAUGUGGAAAUGGAACCUGGCUUUUCAGUGCGUGGUCAACAUAGGCGUUAGGGGCACGGAAGCUGUCCGGACCCGCGUCGUCGAGGCCGACAUGGUUCCAGUCAUCGCUACCAUUCUGGACAAUUACAUCAAGGUCAUUGAGAAGGUCCGCGAAAAAGAGGAGGAGGCCAAGCAGAAAUUGGACCAUCACCGCCACAGGAUCGGCGGAAGCAGUCGUGGACACAAGUCUUCGAGCUUCUCAUCCCGAGCAACUGGCAAUCUGGAAGUGGACCGACGAGCCUUCCGCAGGCAAGCUCCGCCCCCGUCGAUCGAUGUGUCUGCGGCGCUCGCCGGGCCGUCCACGGCGGUUGUCCAUUCCAAUGCCGACCCGACACCAACUGCGCCUCACUUCCAGGUGACGCCUUCGGCAGAGAGGACUCCCUUGACCGCCACCUACCGAUCCCUUCACCAUCAUCAUCACCAUCAUCACACGGCGACGUCUCCCGGUCCUCAGACUGCGCCGCCCGCUCCCAUCGUACCCUCAAUGGAUGCUGCCGAUGGUUUCGUCAGGCCGGUUCGGGACAGCGAUCGCCUCGGCGGCAUAAUGCCAUUCUCCCGGAACGCCAUCACCUCCCAGCCAGCAUCCCCCACCACGCCACUACCACCCCCCCAGCUUCGAUCCCCGACCGUUCGACCUGCAUCCAUGCUCGCAACCACGGCUCGGCCUCGCCGAAGGCCCUCCAUCCGCCAUCAGCACUCGACCGCCGCCGAGUCCGAUGAUAUGAAUGCUGAGAGCAUCACGUCCGAGGAUUCGCCGGACACCGAGAUGUCCGGAACUGGAGACAUGCAGCCAGAUGUCGGGGUCCAGGGCAUCACGGUGGAAGACGGAGACAGCAUCAUGACUGGCGGCCCCAUCGAAUUGACAACUCCCACGGCGAGCGAGACCCAGGACGCUGGAACUUUCAACAUCACCCACCAAGGCCCCGUCGAUGGCAGCGAUAACAGCGUAACCGCCAACAGCGUGCCCACACCCGUCCCUGCCAUAGGAAUCCAUAUGUCUCCGAACCGGCCAACUCUUGUGGGCCCACCGCAGCCGGCAUUGCCUAACGCCAGCGUACCACGCUACUUGCUUGAUCGCCAAUUCAACCCAAACCCACAAAUGCUCGCCUCUAUGCCGAGGGAAGAGGAUGUCCUGAUGUCCCUACAGCUUCUGGCCUAUGUUUCCAAGUACUGCAACCUCAGGAAAUAUUUCCAGAGGAGCCAUCUGGUUCCCAAGCUGAAGAUCGGAAAGGAAAUCCAGCUUCUCGACGGCGCCGACCCAGUCGCCCUCGAGGCCGAGCUGGAGGAACAGGACGAGGCGGCGGAAGAAGAGUACACCCUCCCGAACGACCUGAACAUCUUCCCGCUCGUGGAGAAGUUCACUGUUAGGCACCACAGCACCGACAUGCAAUACUGGGCCGGGGUGGUUAUGAGGAACCUGUGCCGCAAGGACGACACGCGGGGAGGCAUCAGGCAAUGCGCUUACUACCAGUGCGGCAAGUGGGAAGAGUUUACACGACAAUUCGCUAAGUGCCGCCGCUGCCGAAGGACGAAGUACUGCAGCAAGGAGUGCCAGAAGAGCGCAUGGGCAUUCCACCGCCACUGGUGCAUCGCUGCGACGCAAUGAAUUGGAAACCACUUAGGGCUCCAUUGGGCAGUUGGGAAUGAUGGUCAUUUAUUGAUACCCCCCGGUUCUUUUCUUCCUCCCGGGAUGCACAAGUCUCAAGGCUUUCUCGUUGCAUGGCGUUAUUCCAUAGUGUCUACCAGCAAAACUUGUCCCGGCUCUCCGGACAGCAUGGCGAAGCACAGCACAGCAUUUUGUCUAUCCACACACAUACACUCACAACACAUGGCACUCCGCACAGCAU